AUGGACGAAAGGCAACGGCGCAUUUUUAUAAACUAUGACCCCUCUGAUCCCCGGCCAAACCGCACGCAGCGCCAAGCAGUGUCUGCGUACAUUGGAAAACACUUCCGAAACCGUUCGGCUCCUGCAAGACGAGCACAGCAAACCCCCAACGGAAGCGAAAAUAGGCUACUUCCGCAGUCACUAGUCCCCUCGGUAGAGGCACAGGGUCGGCUUGUCAUCCGGGGGUCACAGUUUCUUCAUUCGAGUAAUGAAGACGACCGACACUCUAUAGAACAUAAUGCUGGGCCGGAAGCUCCCGAGUCCCCAGGCUCUAAUAUUGGAAAUAGCAUUAUAUUACUGCGGCCGGUAAUAGAAUGUUUCGUUCCAGCGUAUCCGACUGAGCAUCGAGAAAAGGUCUUUGAUGUUCUCGAUUUCCAUAUCCACUAUCUUGCCGCUCGUUUGACGCAUUGGGGUCCUGGUGCCAACCCAUUCGUUCGCUGCUGGGUGCAAAUGGUCUGUGGUGAUAUGGCGCUAUUUGACUCAGUGGCCGCCUUCACACAUGGCGUACGUAUCACUACGCUGGAAGACAAAAUCACACCUAGCACCACCAUGUUGUGGCACAAGGCGCGAGCGCUGAAGGCACUGCAAGCCAAGAUAUCACCACAGGCAGAAGACAAGGUCGCAACUUGGACAGCGAACGAGACAAUCCUGGCGACUUUCUACUUGAUGGAAGGAGCAGCAAGAUUCGGUUAUGAAUCUGAAUUUAAAGCUCAUUGCCUUGGGUUGCUUCGGAUGAUGCAGCUAAGGGGUCAGGUUGCGAGUGGUUGCUUGAAAGACCUCUAUGUUAUGCAGGCGGUGGGGCUGGUUGAGGGCACAGAAAUGGCAUCUAGUCUCAAGCAUGACAUUACUCAAGAAAGUCUUCAACUAUCCAGCAAUAAGCAGGCUGAUGGCACUUCUGUUACAGCGACGAUGGCACUUCGAUACCCUCAGCCAGUUAUCCAGCUCGAUCGGUCGUUAAAGUCCGCGAUUGAUACCUUACCAGAGGGCUUCCGCGACUUGGCUAUCUCGGGGAAUCUCAGCGCUGAUUUUAUCUUCCUUCUUGGAGAGCAGUCUCAACAGUACGACGACAUUACUCAGUCUGCGGAACGCCAAACUAAGGGAAUCAAGGGAGCUCGUCUGUUGGCUAACCGGUCGCAGAGUGCGGUGGAACAACUGGCCUGUUUGGGCACAGUUGCAUUCCUCACACGGCGCACGGCACAAAUGCAGAUGUUCCCUGAAGUAGCUCGUAUCAACAGGCUGGCGAUGCUGGCGAGCCAGAUGCCAUCUUUUAGCAAGGGAGGGACGUUGUGCUACCGUGAAUUGAGGGUCUGGGCAACGCUUGUUGGUACCGAGAUAUCGAUUACGGCUGGUGCAACUCUUAAGCAGCGUGCUCGUCAAUUAAUGAUGGAUUUAGUACUCCAGGAGAGGUGGAUUGGUGGUUGGAUUGAUGUUGAGAGGAUAGUCAAGCGAUAUCUAUGGGAUGAGAAGUCUCUCGCUGCCUGGAAGAGACACUGGGCGAAUUAUCAGGAUCUAAACCAGGUUUAA